AUGUCACUCACACCGAAGAGCCCUCUUACUAGCCAUCGUAGCGAUGAUUCGCUCGAUGAUGCAGAAAAGGGCAUGUACGAUAGUACACUGGAGUUGACCGCACCUGGCUUUGUGUAUAUGGAGCCGAAGAGGUCGGCAUAUACUGUUUCGUCAUUGCUUCCCGCUUCCCCUGUUCACCAAGGCAUAACACCAUGCACAAGCGUACCGGAGCUCUCACUCUCACUGCCAAAGGGAGGGAAACCUACCGAUGCUGCUGCACUGGACACUACCGUGAAGAAACCGGCAGGAGCCAAACCUCAAAAGCCAAAGAUCAGCCGGUGGAUCCUUUUUGACCUCUGGUUCAAUACAUACAGGAAGUUCUUCGUAUUCGUCGUCUCACUUAACCUCACGGGGAUCAUCUUGACGGCAUGUGGUCGCUUCAAGUAUGGCGAGGAACACCUCGGUGCUUUGGUACUGGGAAACCUACUCUCCGCCAUCUUGUUCAGAAACGAGUUAUGGAUGCGCUUCUUAUACAUGGUCGCCAUAUACGGACUAGGGUGGGCACCAGUAUGCGUAAAGCUAGCUGCAACAUCUGUUCUGCAGCACGUCGGGGGAAUACAUUCUGGAUGCGCAUUGUCUGGGGCUGCUUGGCUCAUCUACAAGUGCGUCGACAUCAUUAGAUAUCGUGCCGUACAGCACCCUGCUGUGAUCGCUAGCGGUAUCAUCACCAACGUCUUCAUCAUAAUCUCGGUCCUGAGCGCCUUCCCUUGGGUUCGCAACACCUAUCACAACGUUUUCGAGAAGCAUCACCGAUUUGUUGGAUGGCUAGGCCUCGCAAUGACAUGGGUUUUCGUGGUCAUGGGCAACACCUACGACAUCAAGCGUGGCGAGUGGAGGACCGACGCCCACAGCCUACUCAGUGCACAAGAGCUAUGGUUCGCUGUCUUCAUGACAGUAUUCAUCCUCAUCCCAUGGGUCACCCUCAGAGAGGUGCCAGUCGAAGUCGAGAUCCCCUCACCAAAAGUCGCUGUCCUCAAGUUCGAGCGCGGCAUGCAGCAAGGUCUUCUAGGACGGAUUAGCCGCACGUCCAUCAUGGAGUACCACGCUUUCGGCAUCAUCAGCGAGGGACGCAAUGCUACUCAUCACUACAUGAUUUGUGGUGUUCAAGGAGACUUCACCAAGAACCUUGUCGCCAAUCCACCAAAGACUGUAUGGACAAGACAGCUCAAGUUCGCCGGCGUCGGCCACGCCUCCGCGAUGUUCAAACGCGGCAUCCGCAUCUGCACCGGUACUGGCAUCGGCGCCGCCCUCUCAACCUGCAUCCAAUCUCCCAACUGGUUCCUCAUCUGGAUCGGCUCUGACCAAGAGCGCACAUUCGGCCCCACCGUCACAGGUCUCAUCCACAAGCACAUCGAGCCCGAGCGCAUGAUCCUCUGGGACAGCAAGAAGCGCGGCGGCCGCCCGGACACAAUGGAGUUGUUGAGGGAUACAUGGAAGAGGUUCGGUGCUGAGGUCAUCUUCAUUACGAGCAACAGCCAGGGCAACGAUGAGAUGAUGCAGGGGUGUGCCAAGGAGGGUAUGCAUGCUUUUGGUACACUCUGGGACUUUUAG